UAAUAGCCUUUUUGGUUUGGAUUUGGUUUUCUAUGUCUGUUUGGUUGUACAGCAGAGGUGCCGACAUGACUUAGUGGAUUUGAGUUGAGCCUUAGCCCCCUUCUGAUUCAUUGGGUUAUCUUAUCCAAGGCCCUUAACAUCUCUGCCUCUCAAUUCUACAUCAUUCCAAAGAUAAGAAGACCUGUCCUGCUGAUCUCAAAAUAAUAAUAAUAGCAAACAUGAAUAUGGCACUUACCACAUAACAGGCACUAUUCUAAGCCAUUGAAAUAUAUUAACUUCUUCAGUCCACAUGACCAUCCUAUGAGGUAGGGUCUUUUACGAUCCCUGCUCUACAGAUGAGGAAGUUGAGGUUUAGAGAGGCCAAGAAACUUGCCCAAGUCAUGGAGGUAAUGAGAAGUAGAAAUGAGAUCUGAACCCAGACAGCCUAGCCCCAGGAUUUUGGCUUAUAUUUUCAAAGGAGAUUGGGAUAUGAAAGCCGUUUGGGAAAAAUGCAAAGCAUGAAGAGGAGAAUGGAAAUACUGAGGAAUAAUAUGCCAUUCAUGAAGCUUUGUUCCUCCUCAGUCAUCCCUCCUCAGGUAGCCAAAAAUGGUGAGAAGUAUCCAGAAUUCAAGCUCCAGGAGAACUGGUUGCAAGUCUCAAUCUAUGACUUAUUAACUGUGAGACUCCAGGAAAAUCACUUCCAGUCUCUUAUCUUCCAUCUUGGGGAUAACAUCUGUGCUGCUACACCUCGGGAUGGUUGUGCAGAUCAUAAGAGUUCGUGGGUGUGUGUUUCAAUUUUCCUUUACUGCAUAACAAACCACCCCAAAACUUAAAACAACUGGGCUCAGCUGGGCCGUUAUUCUAUUCCAUGUGGUGUUAGAUGAGGUUAUUCAUGUGGCUGCAUUCAGCUGGCAGUUGAGCUGGGGUUGGAAUGUCUAGAAUAACUUCAUUCACAUGUCUAGUGCUCAGCUGGAAUUUCUAGAAUGUUUUGGGGAGCUGGCUGGGCCUUCCUCUCUCUCCAUGUGGCUCUCUAGCAGGGUAACCAGACUUAUUUACAUGGCAGGUAACUUCCAAGAGAGUGGAAGCAGAAGUUGCCAAGUCUCUUAAAGCCAAGACCGAGAAGUGGCACAGAGUCACUUGCACCAUAUUUUAGGGGUCAAAGCAAGUGACAUGACCAGCCAGAUUCAAGGUAAGGGGAAAAAUAUUCUACUUCUUGAUGGGAGAAACAACAUACUCAUUCAAGGAUGGGAGGACUUGUUGGCAGCCAUCUUUGCAGACAAUCCACCACAAUAGUGCUCAUAGGUGGGGAUCAAAGUUCAACUGCCCCCCCCCCACAAGAAGUAAGGUUAGAUAAGAGAGUCUUAUGAACAUUUUUAGUACAAUGCUUGGCACACAGCACUCAGUAAGUUCUGAUGAUGACUAUUAUUAAUCAUUACUAUUCUUUUAACAACUUUUUGAAGCACUGGCAGAUAGUACUGGUACUAUACCCACUUUCCAAUAACAGAUGGACCAGAUGGACUGUGAGGUCUUUUCUAAUCUUAAUAUCAUGAUUAUUUGAGCCCUCUUCUACGACGUAGCUUAGAAAGGUUGACUAACUUGCUUGAGUCAUACACUUGGCUAGCUAGCACAUGGUGAAGUCCAUAAAGAUGCCUACUUCCACUAAAUAUGCUGUUUUUGAUUUAAUAAAUAUUUAAUUGUGCACCUACCAUAUACCAGAAGCUGCUGUCAUGUCAUCAAGUCUCCCAGAUUCAUGGUGACGCCAUGCACAACCAAGUUAAAGGCUGACAUUCCUGCGCCAUCCCCAUGAUCAGUUGAGGAUUGGACCAUUGUGAUCCAUAGGGUUAAAUUGGCUGAUUUUCAGAAGUAGCUUGCCAAGUCUUUUUUCAUAGUCUGUCUUAGUGUGGAAGCUCCGCUGAAACUUGUUCAGCAUCAUAGCACAAUGCAAGCCUGACAGACGAUGGUGGUGGUUGCCCAUGAGUUGCACUGGCUGGGAAUCAAACUGGGUCUCUCCCAUGGAAGGCGAGAAUUCUACCACUGAACCACCACUAUGUAUUAGCAUAUAAUGACAAUUAUUUAUUGAAUGCAUACUAUGUACAUUAUGUCACUGAUUCCUCAUCGUAAAUCUACAAUGAAGGUGUUACCACGUGUCUCCCCAUUUUACAAACAAGAAGACAGAAACAGAGGGGCGUUAAAAAAAAAAAAGAUCCUACCCUCAUAGGGAUUACAAUCUAUUGGAGAAGAUAUAUGACAAUCAAAUAAGUAAUCAAAUAUAUAAUUGCAAAUUAUUCUCGGUAUCGGACUGCUAUCGGAGCCCAAGUGCCAGUCCCUCUUCCCCAAAUCAUGGCUCCGGGUAACCCUGGCAACGGGUUGUACCGCCAACAGUAAAGAUGUCGCCCAGAGAGCGAGCGCAUCUCCACAUACCCCUGCUACCCACAAUGCAGUGGAGAGAGGAGGAGCCGUCUCUGCCAGGAGCUAAUAUGGCGCCCAUAGUUACACCAUUCUCUCUCUUCACCUAAUCAGCGACCUAACUGCCCACACUGAGGUUCUGAGCAGGAGCUAAGUUUCCUUUACCCCUCCGGUGGUCACAACUCCAGGAGCAACUGAAGUCUGGAGGACACCUCGCGGAGUUAAACUCCGUAACCAGGGAAGCCCCAUUUCCGCUGACGUCAUUACGGCGACACGUGGAUCCAAGAUGGCGACGGCGAUGGAUUGGUUGUCAUGGUCCCUGCUGCUUCUCUCUCUCAUAUGCGAAACGAGAGCCUUCUAUGUCCCUGGAGUUGCACCAAUCAACUUCCACCAGAACGACCCUGUAGAAAUCAAGGCUGUGAAGCUCACCAGCUCUCGAACCCAGCUACCUUAUGAAUACUACUCACUGCCCUUCUGCCAGCCCAGGAAAAUAACCUACAAGGCAGAGAAUCUGGGAGAGGUGCUGAGAGGGGACCGGAUUGUCAACACCCCUUUCCAGGUUCUCAUGAAUAGCGAGAAGAAGUGUGAAGUUCUGUGCAGCCAGUCCAACAAGCCCAUGACCCUGACAGUGGAGCAGAGCCGGCUUGUGGCCGAGCGGAUCACGGAGGACUACUAUGUCCACCUGAUUGCCGACAACUUGCCUGUGGCCACCCGGCUGGAGCUCUACUCCAACCGCGACAGCGAUGACAAGAAGAAGGAAAAAGAUGUGCAGUUUGAACAUGGCUACCGGCUCGGCUUCACGGAUGUCAACAAGAUCUACUUGCACAAUCACCUCUCGUUCAUCCUUUACUACCACCGGGAGGAUGUGGAAGAGGACCAAGAGCACACAUACCGUGUCGUCCGCUUCGAGGUGAUUCCCCAGAGCAUCAGGCUGGAGGACAUCAAAACAGAUGAGAAGAGUUCAUGCACCCUGCCUGAGGGGACCAACUCCUCACCCCAAGAAAUUGACCCUACCAAGGAGAAUCAGCUAUUCUUCACCUACUCCGUACACUGGGAGGAAAGUGACAUCAAAUGGGCCUCGCGGUGGGAUACUUACCUGACCAUGAGUGAUGUGCAGAUCCACUGGUUUUCCAUCAUUAACUCUGUCGUGGUGGUCUUCUUCCUGUCAGGCAUCCUGAGCAUGAUCAUCAUCCGGACCCUCCGGAAGGACAUCGCUAACUAUAACAAGGAGGAUGACAUUGAAGACACCAUGGAAGAGUCGGGAUGGAAGCUGGUGCAUGGUGAUGUCUUCAGGCCACCCCAAUACCCCAUGAUCCUCAGCUCCCUGCUGGGCUCUGGCAUUCAGCUCUUCUGUAUGAUCCUCAUUGUCAUCUUUGUGGCCAUGCUUGGCAUGCUGUCGCCCUCCAGCCGGGGAGCGCUCAUGACCACGGCCUGCUUCCUCUUCAUGUUCAUGGGGGUGUUUGGUGGAUUUUCUGCUGGCCGUCUGUACCGCACUCUAAAAGGCCACCGGUGGAAGAAAGGAGCCUUCUGUACAGCAACGCUGUACCCUGGGGUGGUGUUUGGCAUCUGCUUCGUGUUAAAUUGCUUCAUCUGGGGAAAGCACUCAUCAGGAGCGGUGCCCUUUCCCACUAUGGUGGCUCUGCUGUGCAUGUGGUUUGGGAUCUCCCUGCCCCUCAUCUACUUGGGCUACUAUUUCGGCUUCCGCAAGCAGCCAUAUGACAACCCUGUACGCACCAACCAGAUUCCCCGGCAGAUCCCUGAGCAGCGGUGGUACAUGAACCGGUUUGUGGGCAUUCUCAUGGCUGGGAUACUGCCCUUCGGCGCCAUGUUCAUCGAGCUCUUCUUUAUCUUCAGUGCUAUCUGGGAGAAUCAGUUCUAUUACCUCUUUGGCUUCCUGUUCCUCGUCUUCAUCAUCCUGGUGGUGUCCUGUUCCCAAAUCAGCAUCGUCAUGGUAUACUUCCAGCUGUGUGCAGAGGAUUACCGCUGGUGGUGGAGGAAUUUCCUAGUCUCGGGGGGAUCUGCGUUCUACGUCCUGGUCUAUGCCAUCUUUUAUUUUGUUAACAAGGUACCACCCACCUGGAGGAAGCCCCUUAGCCCUCUCAGAGCAGGAGGGUGCAGAGGAGGGUGCUGCGGGGGAGACGGGGGGGACCAAGUGUGUGAAUCUUACUUUCCCACCAAGAUAGGGGAGGGCCAAAGCCAUUCUAGAACUGCUUCUGUUCUAGAACAUGUAUCUUUUUAGGGAGAGAAUCUAUGUUCCAGGACCCAGUUCUAUAUGUUUGGGAGACAGAAGCCUUCAGGGUGAAUGAAAUUGAACGUGCUGUGUGUCAAAACCUAGGCAGUGCAGCCAACGCAGUGCUUAAAGAAAGAUGUCACCUAACAAUGAGUGCUUUUAUUAGGAAAUAAGAGAGUCUGAUAAUACAGUUUUCACCUCAAGAAGCUAGAAAAGAGGAACAAUAAAAUGAAAGAAUAAAGAAAGUUGAUGAGAAGAGUUAAAGGUAAAAGCAGAAAAUGCUGAAAUAGUCUUUAGAACCUAAAUUUAGGACCUCAGGCUUCCUGUCUCGGGAGGCUUCUCCAUUCAAGAGUACUGUUUAGUCCUGCAGAGUAAGGAGGGAAUGGGAAGGGCCUCAUCUGCAUCUAGGAGGCCUUCUUGCUGCCGGCCAGAGGUAAGGUGUAGGCUAAUUAAAAGGAGCCAGGCUUACCUGACUCGGGUAAACUCAACAGAGUUCAUUGUCCCCCGAGAGUGGCAUGAAUAAGAAUACAAACGAUCCCCAGAACUGUUUUGAUUGGUUCAUGAAUGACACAUAAACCAGAGGGACCAUUGACGGGAGUUAGGGUAACUGAUGGGCCCCUACCCUCUGAGGCUAACACUGAAAACUUGAUCUCACCUGCUGGGCUUGAAACCUCCAAAGCCCAAAAGCAAGUAGCCCCGUUUGCAACCAGGGUUUAUUCCCAAAGUGGAGUUGUAGGUCGGUUGGUUGAUGCUUAGAAUGCCCUUUCCCAAAAAUACCAGGCUGGAAAGGACUUUAAGGAUCAUUUAGUACAGCAUUCCACUCCUGUUUCUAGGUGAUCAUGUCCCUACCCUCCAGCGAUCCCAACAAAUGAUCAUAUAGCACAGGGGUCUGCAAACCAGCCUGGGCCAGUAGGCCUGCUUCUGUAAAUAAAGUUUUAUUGGAACACAGCCAUGCUCAUUCAUUUACAUAUCUGUGGCUGCUUUUACAUUGCAGCAGCAGAGUUGAGUAGUUGCAUCAGAGACCAUAAGGCCCGCAAAACCUAAAACAUUUAUAUAAUCUGUCCUUUUAUGAAAACAUUUAUCGACUCCUGAUCUAGCACAUGCAGUGACAGAGAAGACAUUUCCUCCUGACACUCAUUCUCUCUGGACAGCUCCUAUCAUUAUCAGGGUCUUCCUUGAUCCACAGUGAAAUCUGCCUCCCUGUAACUUCUGUCUUCAGACCUUUGUCGUGUUCCCAGGAUCAUCAGAACCAAUCUCUCUCCUGUACAGUUCAUAGGAAUCAGAACUCUUUUGAGUGGCAAGUGACCAAAACCUAGUUCAAACUAGUGUAAGCAAAAGGGAAUUUAUUGGCUAGUGUAACUGGCAAGUUUAAGAAGUUGGAAUUCUGGCUAGAAGCAUGGUUGGAUCCAGGACCUCGAAUGAUAGCAGAGCUCUGUGUCCUGCCUCAGCCCUGUGUGUUUGUUUGGCUUCAUUCUGCAGGUAGCCUCUUUCUACACGGGGGACGGAUGGCCAGUGGCAGCCCUAGACUGUUCUCUUUCCAGCUCAGCAGCCCUAGAGCUAAGGAAGAAAAAAGUCUUUCUUCACCAUCAUAUGUCAGUCCCAGGGAAGAUUUCAUUGGCUCUGCUUGGGUUACAUGCCCAUCCCUCAACUGUUCACCAAGGCCAAUCAGAUGACAUAUUCUGAUUGACUAGCUUAGUCUUGUACUAGGGAUGACAGUCCCAACAGAACCACAGAGUAGGGAGUAGGUUCCCCAAAAUACCUGGAAGAAGGAAGACAGGAGAUGGUGUUGGGCAAACAAAACCCAGCUACUACAGCCUCCUACACUGACCCUGAGAUUACGUCGCAGCCUCCUGUCCGUCCUCCUUUCUGCCCCAGCCUUUCUUUUCUGCUCUCAGAACCCCUUCUUCUGGCCCCAUUUGCCUUCUCCGUAAAAUGAGAGCCUUGGCCUGCAUGAGAUCUGAGGGCCUUUGUCCUUUUCCUUUUUUUUACCACCGCUCUGCCCUUCCCCUCCCUCUCACCCCCCUCCAGCCACGAGAAUGUGUAUAAGGAGAGACGGGGGUUGAGCCUGCAAAUAUGGCCUUUACCCCCAGUUUGAAGAUAUUUGCCCUUGGGGAGAGGGUUUCAAAUAGUGGCCUUUACGUUUUCUUCCGGGCUUCUGUCAUUUUGUGACCAAAUGUCUGCCCAUGAGCCCUGGAACAAACCCCACUCAGUCCCUGGUGUACUGUCAUAUCAUGGUACCAGAGCACCAGAUAAGCUCCACUUGUCCCAGCAAACACCACAGUAACACAGAUCCUAGUAUCCUUUCCCAGACCUCUAACCUUGCCCCCAGUUAUAAAGGAGUCUAAAAUGUGUCAAGAUAAAAAUCGGUGUGAGGUUUUAAUGGAAGUGACUGAAGCAUUCUCUGGAGGAGAGGCUGAGGCAGGCUGAUGGUGGCAUGCUGGUCCUUAAGCUGGCAGCUGCUGUAACCGUCCAGGAGCCUGCUAUUUGGGGGGCUACAGAUGGCCCAUUGGCCCAGGAAGGGGCACAGCUGUGGCCAUUCCUGCCUACAGCAUUCCAGCUUGUCUCCCAGUCUUCCCUAGGAAGACUCCUACUGUCACGAGAAAUGGACUGGGCCAGUGGCACUGGGCCUUGGACUUUCAGCGCUCUGGCCCCAGGUUCAAAUCCCAGUGCCCUCUACUUCCUAGCUGUGUAACUGUGGGUGUUGUUUAACCUGUGUGCCCCAUCAGUCAAAUGGGAAUAAUAACCUACUAGGUGGUCAUGAGCACACAAGGUGGUAUUUGUACAUAUGAGUGUCAGCCAUGGCUGUGAGCCACGCCAGAACCUUGCUGCACACCUGGAGCAAGGCCCUUCCUCAUAUCCACCACUAGAUCAGUGAGGGCGGGGCCCCACCGUUUGCCAUGGCCAGCU